CUGAUUGGAACAGAUGAUGAUCAGCUGACCAGCAUCAGGAGUCCUUAUACCUCCAGGAUGCUGAAGCCAUUCAUAAGAAGAGAUUAUGAGUCUCGUCCCCUGAAAAUGAGAUUAUUAGAAGAAAUAAAAGCAUAUUCACACAGAGACAAGCAAGAUUGGAAACCUCUACCACCCCCUCCCAUUGACUAUUGUUAUGUACGACCACAACACAUACCCUCCGUCAACACACUGUGUAGAGAGUUCUUCUGGCCUGGAAUAGACUUGUCUGAGUGUUUACAGUAUCCAGACUUCAGCUGUGUGGUGCUAUUCAGGAAAAUUGUGAUAGGGUUUUCUUUCAUGGUGCCUGAUGUGAAGUUUAAUGAGGCCUACAUUUCCUUCAUCUUUACUCACCCGGAGUGGAGAAGGGCUGGCAUUGCUAAAUUCAUGCUUUACCAUCUUAUACAAACCUGUAUGGGAAAAGAUGUGACAUUACAUGUAUCAGCCACAAACUCGGCCAUGUUGAUGUACCAGAAGUUUGGAUUCAAGCCUGAGGAGUUUAUUCUAGACUUUUAUGAUAAAUAUUACCCUGAAGAUUCAAAGGAAUGUAAACAUGCAUUUUUCUUAAGACUGAGAAGGUGAAACUAGACAGGAUAAUGUGGAUCAUUCAUGAUAUACAUGUACUUAAUAAAAUGUGUAAUGUAUGAUGAGUUUGUGUAGGACACAAUAAAAUUAU